AUGGAGGACGCCGGUCCUUUCCCCCUCUGUGCGGGACGCAGUCGGCUUCCUCCAUUUUACCGCAUCCUUUGGAGAACAUCGCUGGAGCGUCCCCGUGCUACAGUAUCCCCCACUGUUACAGAACCGAACCGUUUACAGUUCGUCGUUGGAGAUAGUCUUACAGGGUGCCGUUGGAGGACCUUUCUUAUAUUCAGGGUGUAUUUGAUUUUUCAGUUAAUUACGAAGCUUGAGCUUUUGUUUGUAUAUGACUUGGAAACUGCUGCAGCAGUUUACCGAGAUAGAAUCAGUCCAGACCCUAUAUUCUUGACAGCAGAAUCUUCCUCAACUGGUGGAUUUUAUGCCAUCAAUAGAAGAGGGCAGGUUUUGCAUGCCACAGUUAAUGAUGCAACUGUUGUGCCUUUUGUCAGCGGUCAAUUAAACAACCUUGAGCUCGCGGUAAAUCUUGCCAAGAGGGCUAAUCUUCCUGGUGCUGAGAAUUUGGUUGUCCAAAGAUUUCAGGAAUUGUUUGCACAGACAAAAUACAAGGAAGCAGCAGAGCUGGCUGCGGAAUCUCCCCAGGGCCUGCUGAGGACGCCUGAGACCGUAGAGAAAUUUCAGAGGGUUCCUGGGCAAGCAGGGCAAACGCCCCUGCUCUUGCAGUGCUUCGGCACACUGCUAACUCUGGGAAGCUCAAUGCCUUCGAGCCCCUUGAGCUAUCUCGACUCGUCGUCAAUCAGAACAAAAAGAAUCUUCUGGAAAAUUGGUUGGCAGAAGACAAGUUGGAGUGCAGCGAAGAACUGGAUUAUUGAUUGCAUGGAUCUUACUGUACUUUGCCAAAUUACAUGGAACUUUUCUAGGUUUUUCACUAAUCAUGUCUUGUGCCCUUUGAUGUAGACUGUGGAUAAUGAUCUUACACAAAAAAAUAUACAUAAAGGCUAGGGCAACCCCUAAAGUUGUUGCUGCUUUUGCUGAAA